CAAACAAGGUAAAAAAAACCAUAAGGAAGAGAAACAUGGCCCCGCAGAGCCCAAGAAAUCGAACAAGUCGCCUUAGCGGCGUGGAAUGUCUUCCGAGAAGAAAAGUUACAAAUUGAAAUUUUCAUCGCACGAAGCGCGUCAGGAAGUGUACGCCACCAGAGAAGAAAGAAAAGAUAGCAGGAGGAAGUAAAAUUCAACGCUGGAAGCCAAAUGAGAGGGUAGAGCAGAGAAGUGGUGCUAUUGGCAAUCGGGAUCCACUCAUGAUACCACUAAUUGCAGGGAGUUCAAGAUGAACCUAACCAAUCUAGCGCUUGGGUCGCUCUGCAACAGUAUUAGGGUUGUAGUUUGGAGACUUGCAAAACCAGUUGGACGCCAAGCAGAUGGGGCGCAAGAGGUCACCUAGUAGGCACCUCCAAGCUCGAUCCCCAGAAGGCACCACACUUGAUCUUCAAGUCGCUAUCGAUUGAGGUCUCCUUGGGGGCAAAGAUCUAGAAUUCCGUUGCAAAAUAACUCUUGAUCUCCUCAAAGAGAAUGGAUUACCUUCCCCCACCAGGAGGACCAAGAGAAAACAAAAUUCAUGACCCCCUCGACAACUUCUACUAUACGGUGAUGCCUUUGGGACUCCAGAAAACGGGAGUCACAUAUAAGAGGAUGGUUGAUGCAGUCUUCCGCCAGUAAAUAAGAAGAUAUAUGGAAUCUUGCGUGGAUGACACAUUGGUCAAAAGAAAACAAGUGGCAUGGGGAACCACCUCGAAGACUUAAAAUAAACAUUCAAUAAUCUUAGAGCAAAUUGCUUGCGACUAAAUCCACCGAAGUGCAUGUUCAUGGCAGAGGAGGGAAAAUUCAUAGGUUUAUGAUAACGACACAGGGCAUUGAAGCUAACCCAAAUAAGAUCGAGGCGAUAAUCAAUCUCAAGCCCCCCUAAGACCAUCAAGGAAAUCCAACUUUCAAUGGCAAGAUAGUUGUCGUCAACAGAUUCAUCCCGUGCGCGGCCGCCAAGUGUUCACCCCUCACGAUUUAAAUGGAGUGAAUGAUAUGAUAGACGCCUCCAGUUCUAAGUGCACCAGAACCCAGAGAGCUCAUUUUUCUCUACUUGGAUGUUUUGAUGCAGACCGUAAGCUCGGCUCUCAUAAAAAGAUAUGAAAUCGAAGGCUGAGAGCAACCUGCCUACUAUGGUAGUCGAGUCCUUCUCACAGUAGAGAUGCGAUACAUGCCCGUAGAGAAGGCAAUGCUAGCCGUAGUAAUGCUCACUCGAAAGCUUCGUCAUUACUUCCAUGGCAUCCAAUCACAGUACUGACCGCGUUGUUGCUGAAGAAGAUCCUACAGGGAUGGACACUUUGGGACGAAUGACGAAGUAGGCCGUCGAGCUCAGUGAACAUGACAUUGACUAUACUCCCAUUGUAGCCAAUAAAAUACAAGUGUUCGCCAAUCUCAUCAUGAAAGGCUUCACACCAUAAUAACAAUAGGAGAAAAUGAGGAGCAAGUGUGGAAGUUGAUCGUGGAUGGCGCAGUAGGAAAAGGAAGCGCGGGAGCAGGAAUCAUGAUUAAGACCCCAGAAGGCGUUAUGCAAUAAAUAUCCUGCUAUGGAGACGUUGCUACCAUUGUUGUGAGCAUGCGCCUACCAGUCCGAGGAUAAUCAUCAAAACCUGCUGUAUUAGUUGGACAUGACGAAGUAGUGCAAAGAGAUGGGCAUGCUAUGUGUCAUAGGUCAGAAUGAGAAGGUGGCCAGAGUAUACAACACAAGGGUUAAGCCGGGUGCACUAGAGGAAGGAGACUUGGUGAAGAGGGCUUUUGAAAAGAUUGAAGAUCAUGACAAACUGGCAGCUACAUGGGAAGACUCUUACUUAAUCGGUCACAAAAUUGGACACUGCACAUUCAAGUUGGCCACCAUGGAGGGGGAGCCAGUAAGCAAGACCUGGAACUCAGUGCACUUGCGCAAGUAUUUCUCAGCCAAAAAAUGAAGAAUGUAACCUCCUUUAUGGGGAAAUUUGAUUAAAGAAAUGACAAAGGAUAAGACUUGAAGUUAAGAAUCUCACUUCCCUAAGGUAGCACCUGCAAUACAUCUCUCGAUAGACAUGGCGCUUCCAUGGCGUCGCUCAUAACACAUCUCCCAUCAUCAAGAGCGACAGAACAAAUCCAUGUACGACCAAAGCGAUGUUCCUAAAACGUCUCCAAAUAGACGAAACAUGCGCUAGCCUACGCCUCCAGAUGAAAUGUGUCCACUCGCUACACAUUUUCUGAUAGACAGGGCGCAUCCAUAGCGUUGCUCAUAAAACAUCUCUCAUUAGUCAGAGCGACUGUUGAAACCACUUUCGAGACACGAGCUCGCUCAUAACACGCCUCCCACUGGGCAAAGCAAUUUUGUGCGCAACCAAAGUGAUUUCCUAAUACGUUUCUCGAUAAACGGAACAAGCUUCGGUCUGUGUCUCUAGAUAAAAUGGGUAUGCCUGCCACAUGUCUCCCAAUAGACAAGGCACAACAAUGGCGUCACUCAUAAAAAGUCUCCUAGCAGACAAAGUGACUGCCAAAACCACUUCCUAGGCACGAGCUCACUCAUAACACGCCUCCGGCGAGGCAGAGCAAGUUCGCGUACAACCAAAGUGAUGUUUCUAACGCGUCUUCUGAUAGUCCAAGCACCAGCCUACUCGUUCAAACAAAAAUUGGAACAUGAAGUAAUUACAAUUCAGAUAGUGCAUAACAUUAAUAUAGUAAUACACAUUAAAAUUGUGG